AUGUGGACCGGACUCAACACAAACCAGUCUGAAUCCGGUUCACCUAUCAGAGAGUUACCAGGAAAUGAAAAUGAGAGCAAGCGAGGAAAAAUCGCGAUCGGCUUCUUCAGCCACACCGUCACAGUGUCGCCACUCAAUCGCUGUCGCGUUUCUAUCGGAUUCCCGUUAGAGAAAGGUAAGUGGAGAAAGAUGAGGCCAAAAGCAGUGUGGGAGCCAGAUUACCACAGAGUGUUUCUCGACCUAUGCGUAGAGCAAACGUUGCAAGGGAACAAACCAAGAACGCAUUUCUCAAAACAAGGUUGGAGGAACAUACUGAAAUCGUUUCAGGAGCAGACGGGCGUGACUUACGAUAGAAUGCAGCUUAAGAACCAUUGGGAUACAAUGAGCAGGCAGUGGAAAAUUUGGCGCAGGCUCGUUCAGUGCAGCUAUAUGAAUUGGGAUCCUGAGACCAACACUUUUGGUGCGAGUGACGAAGAAUGGGCUUACUAUCUACAGGAGAAUCCUGAUGCAGGGCAGUAUCGGUGUAGUGUUCCACAAGAUCUGGAGAAGCUAACGGUUCUCUUUGAAGGUGGUAGUAACGUAGAGGUCGAAGAUGAUGAGGUUUUGGGUGUGAGGAAGAGGCUAAGGAGUUUUCAAGAAGAUGAUGAUGAAGAAGAAGAUAACCAAAGCAUGUGUAGCUCAUCUAACCCUCAAACAAAAGGGUACUGGUCUCCUUCUACGCACGAGCUGUUUCUUGACCUGUUGGUGCAAGAGACUGAGAAGGGAAACAGACCUGACACACAUUUUAACAAGAAAGGGUGGAAGACCAUUCUCGAGACGAUCAAUGAGAACGUGAGCGUUGGAUAUACAAGAGCGCAGCUGAAGAACCACUGGGAUUGCACUAGGAAGUCUUGGAAGAUCUGGUGUCAGCUUGUUGGAGAAAGUAGCAUGAAAUGGGAUCCGGAGACUCGUAGUUUCGGUGCCACUGAAGACGAAUGGCGAGCCUAUAUUCAGGAGAAUCCAAGAGCAGGACAGUUCCGGCACAAGGAAGUUCCUCAUGCUGAUAAACUCUCCAUCAUUUUCAGUGGAGUGAUAGAGCCAGGAGAGACAUACACUCCUCCUACGCGCAAGAAGCACCUCCGAGGUCGUUCUUGUGAGUCGCCACAAGAUGAAGCGAAUCUGAUGAUGGACAGUGAGGCCGGUCAGCCACUGGAUGUUGUGAAGUUGAUGAGUGAAGGUAUGCUGCAGGAGAGUCCGGUAUGCGUUGAGAUAGGAUCGGCGAAGCGGAUGUAUUGUAUCGGAGAGUGCAUUGAGAGCCUGGAUGCGAUGAAAGAAGUGGAGGAAGGAAGUGAGCUCUACUUGUUUGCGUUGGAUCAGUUCCUGAAGAGAGAGUAUAGAGAGAUCUUCUUAGAGCUGAAGAAGCCGAGCUUGAGGAUCGCAUGGUUGCAGAGACUUCAAUCUGCUGCGCUUUCUUAG